AUGAAGACCUUGCACUUUUCAAGCGCAUUUCUAGAUGAUAAUGACUGGCAUCGGUUGUGCAUUACUUGGAACGGUGUUACUGGCGUGACUAAGGUGUACGUUGAUGGUGUUCAAAAUGAAAGUGCUGAAUUUGGCAAAUACGCCGUAGGGGGAUUAAUAAAGGAUUCGUUACCGGGAGGUGGAACUUUAGAAGUUUUAGCUGUUUACAGCCAGGUAGUCUAUGUGUCUGAAUUGAACCUGUGGGAUAAAGUUCUCUCUGCAGUAGAAAUUUCUGAGUCGUCAAAACUCUGUUUUGGGAAGCAGGGAAAUGUGAAGAAAUGGUCUGAUUUUUAGCCUGGCUUUAGCAAGGACAAAUCUCGGUACGAAGCGCCUUCCCAGUGCAAAUCUCCUAAUGGCAGCAGUGAGGAAAUGAUGGAAGAGGGCCUUGUGGUCUCAGAAAAGAAACCAUUUCCCCUUAAUGCAAAGAAAAGAAGAGCUUUCAAAUACACAAGAAAGGUACAAAGAAAAAAUCCCACCCAGUAG